AUGAUCACUAUAAGUGAUGAGAGGAGUGUAGAGAAAGUGCACACACAAAUAGAACACCUCCAAGACAUUCCAAAGGAAAAGCAUGAAGAAAGGAACCACGCACCCCAUCCCACACGCAGGGAGGAGCUAAAGGAAGGAGAGACCCUGAACCCAUAUGCACUCUUUCCCCAAAGGCUCAAAGGUGGUGUAGCGAGGAGAAUGUAUUCAAGGUUCCUCGACAUGUUCGCAUCUCUUGAUGUAAAUAUUCUAUUCAUUAAGGCCCUUCAUCAGAUGCCUUCCUACAUCAAGUACAUAAAGGAGCUACUGGCCAAAAAGAGUUCACUGAAGGGUGGGCAAACAAUAGUGAUGAACAGGGAGUGCAGUGCUCUCAUUCAAACAAAGCCACCUAUCAAGAAAAAUGAUCCAGGGAGUUUUCAAAUUCCAUGUGCUAUAGGAAAGACAAUGAUUGAUAAGGGGCUCUGUGACCUGGGAGCAAGUAUCAACCUGAUGCCUCUAUUCCUCAUGAAAAAGCUUCAAAUCAAUGAGCUGAUACCCACAGACGUGAUCAUCAAAUUGGCUGACAAAACUCAAAAACAGGCGAUAGGAGUGGUUGAAAACGUGUUAGUAAAAUUUGGGAACUACUUCCUCCCAUAG